GUAAACAACAAGCCAACUCUGUACUGAAUACUGAAAGGUAUAGGAUGGCCUGUGCUCUGCUGUCUGAUAGUAGUGAUAGUGAAGAGUCUGUCUACAAUCAGGAUGAUGAUAAUAGUGUUACUGAGUGGAAAGAAUUAUUUUCAAGGAUUUCCAAGUUUCUAAAGGACUGUGAGCGAAACAAAUCAGAUUUUGUGACUCGUGAGAAGGCUGAAUUUAUUUGUGAACGUCUUGAAAACUUAGUUUUGACUGUAAGACGGGUUUGUGAUCACAUAGUGCAGUCAGACUGCGAAUGUGACGUUUCCUCUUAUCUCAUCGAACGCCUAACUACUCUUGAUAAUCAAGUGUCUACUGUUGAGCUUUGUUACUGGCGAGAACAUCUAGACCUGCUAUUGAAUAAUGCUGAUGGAGGAAGUUUUGCCUCACCUACAGUAAUUAAAUUUCCUAAUAAACCAGGCCGACCUCCAUUUGAUGUCGAUACAGAACAAAUACUGUACCUACGUGAACUAGGUUUUACCUUGUCAGAUAUUGCCAGGAUUUUGGGCAUCAGCAGAAUGACAUUGUAUAGGAGAAGAAAAGAAACUGGAAUCUUAGAAAUCAAUCGAUAUUCUGAUAUAAGUGAAGAAGAACUAGAGCAUCACAUUGUUAAAGUGAAAGAGACUAUGCCUGACAUUGGUGAAAGAAUGACAAUUGGUGCAUUAAGGGCUCGCGGUAUUACUGUGCCACGUCAUCGUGUCCGCAGAGCACUCAAUAAGAUUGACCCAAUAGGUUCUGCUUUGAGAUGGAAAUCGAAGACAAAGCGCCGAAUUUACUCAGUACCAGGACCAAAUUCGCUCUGGCACAUUGAUGGAAACCAUAAGCUAAUUCGAUGGAGGAUGGUGAUUCAUGGAGCGAUUGAUGGUUUCUCAGGACUAGUACUGUACCUUCACUGUUGUAACAACAAUAAAGCUGUAACAGUGCUUAAACUCUUCAAAGAAGCGGUAAAGCAAUAUAGUAUACCGUCUCGUGUCCGUUCAGAUCAGGGAUUAGAAAAUAUUGAAGUUGCUAAGUUCAUGUUGCUUAACCGUGGGUUGGAACGCUCUAGUGUCCUUGUUGGAGCAAGUGUCCAUAAUCAAAGGAUAGAGAGAUUGUGGCGUGAUGUAUUCCUAGCAGUAACCCAAUUGUAUCACCGUCUGUUUCACUACAUGGAGCGGUGUGAGCUGUUGAAUCCAUUAAAUGCUGUUCAUCUAUAUGCCUUGCAUUUUGUAUUUAUUCCUCGAAUAAACAAAGCAUUGGAAUCGUUCAUAAAUGGUUGGAAUAACCAUUGCAUUAGUAAAACUGCAGGCUAUACCCCAAUAAAAUUAUUUACCAAAGGAAUGAUACAGCAGCACUUUGCUGACACCAACGUUGUUACAGAUGACUAUGGAGUAGAUGAUGAAGACUCAGAUCUAAUUGUUACUCCAGUACCUGACUCAAUCGGUGUUAAUGUACCUCACAUUGGAAUAGGGUUACCAGAAAACUGUAUUGAGAUCCUUAACUCCCUGAUUGAUCCUGUAGCUGACAGUGAGCAAUAUGGUAUCGAUAUAUAUGUUAACACUCUAUCUGCUGUUGAGGGGCUGCUCGAACAAUAA